AUGGCCAAGAAGCGAAUUGCUGUGAUUGGAGCAGGUGUGAGUGGACUCAGCUCUAUCAAAUGUUGCCUGGAAGAAGGCCUCGAGCCAGUCUGCUUCGAAAGGACCGAUGACAUUGGAGGACUUUGGAGGUUUCAGGAGAAUCCUGAAGAAGGAAGGGCCAGCAUUUAUAAAUCUGUAAUCAUCAAUACCUCCAAGGAAAUGAUGUGUUUCAGUGACUAUCCCAUCCCUGAUGAUUUUCCCAACUUUAUGCACAAUUCUCAAAUCAUGGAGUACUUCAGGAUGUAUGCCAAGGAAUUUGACCUCAUAAAGUACAUCCGUUUCAAGACUAUGGUUUGCAGUGUGAAGAAGCGACCUGAUUUUGCCACUUCAGGCCAAUGGGAUAUAGUCACUGAAUCUAACGGUAAACAGGAAGCAAAUGUCUUUGAUGGAGUCAUGGUAUGCACUGGUCAUCAUACCAAUGCCCACAUGCCUCUUGAGUGCUUCCCAGGGAUAGAGAAGUUCAGAGGUCAAUACUUUCACAGCCGAGACUAUAAGGACCCACAGGGAUUUGCUGGAAAACGUGUCAUUGUGAUUGGCAUUGGGAAUUCUGGAGGAGAUCUUGCCGUGGAGAUCAGCCACACAGCCAAACAGGUCUUCCUCAGCACUAGGAGAGGAGCAUGGGUACUGAAUCGUGUUGGGAAUAAUGGAUAUCCUUUUGAUGUUGUCUUCUAUUCUCGACUUAAAAACCUUAUCUCAAAGUUCUUAAGCCUAUCUCUUCUGAAUUCAUUUCUGGAAAAGCAGAUGAAUGCAAGGUUUGACCACGAAAUGUAUGGCCUAAAGCCCAAGCACAGAGCUCUAAGCCAGCACCCAACAGUCAAUGAUGACCUGCCCAACAGAAUUAUUUCUGGCCGAGUGCGAGUCAAGGGAAAUGUAAAGGAAUUCACAGAGACAGCCGCCAUCUUUGAAGAUGGAUCAAGAGAAGAUAACAUUGAUGUUGUUGUCUUUGCUACCGGCUAUAGCUUUGACUUUCCCUUCCUUGAAGAUUCCGUCAGAGUGGUAAAGAACAAGGUUUCCCUGUAUAGGAAGGUAUUUCCUCCUAACUUGGAGAAACCAACACUCGCUAUUAUUGGCUUAAUCCAGCCACUUGGAGCCAUCAUGCCUAUUUCAGAACUCCAGGGCCGCUGGGCCACACAAGUUUUUAAGGGACUAAAGACCUUGCCUUCACAAAGUGAAAUGAUGGAAGAAAUCACUGCAGCUAAAGCAGAAAUGGCCAAAAGAUACGUGGAUAGCCCCCGCCAUACCAUCCAGACAGACUUCGUAGAAUACAUGGAGGAGCUCGCUGAGCUGGUGGGGGCAAGGCCUAACCUGCUCAACCUGGCCUUCACCGAUCCCAAAUUGGCAUAUCAUAUGUUCUUUGGACCUUGUACCCCACUGCAGUAUCGCGUGCAUGGCCCUGGGAAGUGGGAUGGCGCCCGAAAGGCCAUCCUUACGGUGAAUGACCGUAUCCGGAAGCCAAUGAAGACAAGGGUGAUUGCGGAAAAUAAGCACAGCUCCUCCAUGAUGAUGAUUGGCAAAUUUAUGCUGGCUGUAGUCUUCAUUUCCAUUGUGUUGGCUUAUUUUUAGCUUUUAAGCUGUCUUUUUUGCUACCGCUUUAAUGGGGGAACUGGAUCCAAAAGUGCCUUCUCAUCGCCAAGAGAGAAAGUUGUGGAAUUACUCUCUACUCUUCAACUCUGGGUUUCUCUUUCCAAUUAUUCCCAAUUUUCAUUGAUUCAGUUCUUUUCACUCACCAGAUUCUGUAUUUGACCCAAAGUUCUGGAGCAGGACCACUUUCUCUAGACAGAACUGUGGGACGUGGGGUAGUUGAUGGAGCUCAAGUAAAGGGACAUGUCCAUGGGGAGACAGCCAAUAAUUGUCCCAUGGAUCAGAUGUGACCAUGAAAGGGGCAGGAGCCGUGAUGAUCUGUCUCGGGGAAUUUGUUGAAACCCGGAGAGGAGUUUCAUCUGGAAACACUGACACCCCUGAGAUUUUGCCACAAAUUUUCCACUUAUCACGAUUAGACCUUUUCCCCCUUAGUGAUAGACUAAGACAAACUAGCUCAGGCUAAUAGUUAUAUAUAGUAAUCAUAUAAAAUAAAUAAAAUGGGUUUUAUGUAAUCAGGAUAAAACUGAAAGCCAUUCUGUGAUUAGAAUUAGCCAGGGCAGAGGAAAAUUUAAGAUUUUUCUCUACUUCUCCUCUAUUCUGACCCAAUUGUCCCCUGUGGUCUCACCAAUAGAGGAGUGAGGUAUAAAUGUGCCACAUUUGAGUCCCAGCCCUGCCAUCAUCAUUAGGCAGAAAUUGUCCUUGGUGAGCUGGUUUCUCUACCUCUCCCUUAGGAGUAACUGUUCCUGAGAGCAGCUAGGUGGCAUAGUGGAGAGAGAGCCAGACUUGGAGUUGAGAGGACUU